CCCUGAAGGUGGGCAAGGGACCUUGGUAUGGCAUCCAGCAACCCUCCCUCAGUGGUACGUUGGUCUCAGGGUAUGGUCUGAAGGCAUGUUUUGUUCUAUUUUGUCAGACAGGGGUAGGGGUUGAAGUCUCAUAGUCCCUUGCUCUCCUAUUUCCUCUGAUUAAGACUCUUUGGUUGUCCUUUCUUCAUGACAGGAAACAGAAAAAAAUAAAUAAGACGGAGAUAAUAGCUAGGAGCCAUCUUUCUUUCUUCCCACAUCUCCACAGGAUGCCUGGGUCUCCCUUCCUCAGUGGUCUUUCCAGAUAAGAUAGCAGGUGUGUCACUUUAGGGCACUUGGACAAGAAAACAAUCAGAGGAUGGGCUUGGAAACAAAAUGAAUGUAUUUGCAUGGGGGGGGGAUAACCCUCUUUGUCUCUGAAAGCAGAGCUGCUAUGGGGCAGGUCAAGGCUGCAGUUGGGCUCUGCAUUCCUUACAGCCUCUUCCUCUGAUAAAACCUCCAGUACCCUUAACAGACACUCUCUUCAUGUGAGCUUGCAUCAGGACUCCAGAACCCAUUUGGUGUGUCAAGGAGAGAGAGAGAGAGAGAGAGAGAGAGAGAGAGAGAGAGAGAGAGAGAGAGAGAGAGAGAGAGUGUACAGGUGAACCCACGUUGCGUGCUUAAAAGGGAUUAUUUUGACAGAGCACAUGGCCUUGGUCAGAGGGGGGAUGUUCCUGUUUCUCAUUUUGUCCUUGUACCUCCAUGCUAAAGCACAGCCCUUGCAGGAGAACACAGUGGCUCUUGAUCCUUGCUCUGCCUACAUCAGUCUGAAUGAACCUUGGAGGAACACCGAACACCACUUCAACAGCUCUCAUGACCAGCCUGAGUGUGACAGCCAUGUUGACGGGGAAUGGUACCGCUUCACUGGGAUGGCUGGCGAUGCCAUGCCCACCUUCUGCAUCCCGGAAAACCACUGUGGUACCCAUGCUCCAAUAUGGCUAAAUGGUAGCCACCCUCAGGAGUCAGACGGCAUUGUCCAGAGGCAGGCCUGUGCAACCUUCAAUGGAAACUGCUGCAUGUGGAACACAACGGUUGAGGUCAAGGCCUGCCCAGGAGGCUAUUAUGUCUACCAGUUAGCCAAGCCCAGUGUCUGCUUCCAUGCCUACUGUGGGCACUUCUACGACAUCUGUGACAUGAUAGAUUGCCGGGGCUCUUGCUUGGACACUGGAGACUGCACAUGCUCUUUAGGAACAAUAUUGGGACCUGACGGACAGACCUGCCUUGAUGAAAAUGAAUGUGAACGGAAUAAUGGAGGUUGUAGCGAGUUCUGUGUGAACCUCAAGAACUCCUACCGUUGUGAAUGUGGAGUUGGGCGAAUUCUAGGAAAGGAUGGAAAGACCUGCCAGGAAAUUGAAGGCUGCCACAACAACAAUGGGGGCUGCAGCCAUGUCUGCGUCACAGUAGAAGACACCUACCAGUGUGAAUGCCCACGCGGUCUUGUUUUGUCAGAUGACAACCACACUUGUCAAGUCCCUGUCCUAUGCAGAUCUACCUCCAUAGAGGUGAACAUCCCUAAGGAUCUAGUUGGAGGGAUGGACCUCUCCCUUAUCAAUGGUUCCUGCAAAGGGGUAUCCAAUGGAACACAUGUCAACAUCAUCUUCUCCCUGAAAUCCUGUGGUACCACUAUAGAUGUGGUAAAUGACAAAAUCAUCGCUACCAAUAUGGUGACUGGCUUGCCCAAGCAAACGCCUGGCAGCAAUGGCGACAUCAUUGUCCGCACAGGGAAGCUGUUGAUCCCCGUGACUUGCGAAUUUCCUCGCCACUACACCAUGUCAGAGGGCUACGUCCCCAACGUGAAGAACUCGCCGCUUGAGAUCGUGAGCCGCAACCGUGGGGUCUUCCCCUUUACCCUCGAGAUAUUCAAAGACAAUGAGUUCGAAGAGGCCUAUGGAGAUGCUCGCCCCACCCUUAAACUCCGAGAUUCUCUGUAUUUUGGAAUUGAGCCCUUGGUGCAUGUGAGCGGUCUUGAGACAUUGGUGGAGAGCUGUUUCGCCACCCCUACCUCCAAGACUGACGAGAUCCUGAAGUACUAUUUGAUUCGAGAUGGCUGUGUUUCUGACGACUCUGUGAAGCAAUACACAUCUAAAGAUCAUCUGGCCAAGCACUUCCAAGUGCCAGUGUUCAAAUUUGUGGGUAAGGACAACAAGGAAGUGUUCCUGCACUGCCAUGUCCUUGUGUGUGGAGUGAUGGAUGAGAGGUCUCGCUGUGCCCAGGGCUGCCGCAGACGGAUGCGCAGAUGGGCAGAGUCAGAGGAAGAGGAAGCCAGUCACAUGGCUAAUCACAUCCUCACAGGUGGUCCCAUUAGAAUUGAUGUGGAGGAGUAGAUCUAUCUCAGCCUUCACCAACCUAGAGCCCCCCCCCCAGACUGCGACCCCCGUUUUGGGCCUACAGCCUCCAUGCCGUUUGGGGCUGAUGGGAGUUGUAUUCCAAAGCAUCUGGAGGGCACCAGGUUGGCAAAGGCUGUCUUAUCUUGUGAACAUGCUGUCUCACUGCUGCUUUCUCCUAUGUACCUUUGAUAGUGAGCAGUCAUCUGUGUUUGGCAAAAAAAUAAAGGCAACAAACAAACCAAAACAAAACCAUGUGAUUUCCUCUUUUCCCAGUGAAAGCCUAUGAUCUUUGUUAAGGUCAGAUUAGAUGCAAUCUCAUCUAAAUGCUGUUUGAUGUCUAAUAAUGGAUGGAGCAAAAUUAAAUGGACCAUUUGAAUCACAGGGAUGACAAUGGGACCAAUUUUGGUUAGAAAUCGUUAGUUCAAAGAGCAUGUAAAAUGUCCAGAUGUAUAACACUUUCAUGAAUAGGAAUUUGGGGUUUUUACAAGGCUACACUGACAUAGAGGAGGGGGACACUGUCUGCAACAUACCAGCAACUUAACUAGCACACUUGAUCAUUUUUAGGUGCUGAAAUCAACACAAACUAAGUGGUGCAGAUACUUUAUAGUAUUUCGAUGGUGAGACCCUAUAUCAUCAUGACCUAGAAAAAUCUUUCCUAAAGCCAGAUGAACCAGUGGCAUAGUAAUUUGCAGUCUGGAAAGGUGUUGAAGCUCUUCACAGCGACAGAUUCAUGAACACCAAUCCAAAUGUCAGUGUGAUAGAUCUCACCCAGUAAAAGAUGGUUGCAUGACCACUGAAGCUGAUAGGAUUAAUUCAAGUUACUGGAUUCAGUGAAAAGAAAUGCAAUGCAACUCUAUUACUGUCUAUUCAGAAGCAAGCACCACCUUGUUCAAUAGUGCUUACUCCACAGUAAGUGUGAAUAGGGUUACCAACUUAGUCUCUAUUUUCUAUUCAAUACAUUUUGUGGACUUCAGUGAUAUUGUUGGGGCACAUCUUUCUCUAUAGUCCACAAAGUACUUAUGCUAGAAUCAGGGCCAGUCCUACCAUUAGGCAGAAGGGGCAGCUGUCUCAUGCAGCAGCAUAGCUGCCAAGUUAUCCCUUUUUUAAAGGGAUUUUCCCUUAUGCUGAAUAGGCUUCCUCACGAGAAAAGGGAAAACUUGGCAGCUAUGUGCAGCAGAUGCUGGGGAGUGGGCAGCUGUUGCUUUCAGGUGAGAUGCUGCCUUCAGGUGUAGUAAAAGUAAACUUCCAGUCAAGUUGGUUUCAAUAUAUAGAAUGGGGGGGGGAGGCUUCCUUUUGUCCUUCAACACAAGCAGGAAAAUGCCCUGGCCAGGAAAGUCCAGAAUUCGUGUUGUUCCCCUUUAAAGCUUUUGCAUUGCCUUCUUCCUGCAACUUAUCUCUACUUUCUGUAAGGAUUAUUAAGAAAUAUUUUGUUGGUUGUAGCCAAAUGCCUUGCAUAGGCUCGCUGUCAGCACUAAUGUAAGAUAUAUGCACCAUGUGUUCAAACUAUAUAAUAUAUACUAAAAAAAAAAACCAGCUUCAGAACUAGUUGCUGAAAAUUCUAUAUGUUUUAACUUGCCAACUGUGUAUUACCAGGAA